CGUUCUUCUUCUUUUUAACAACAAAAUAGAUUCCUCAGUGUGUUUUAUUGUCAAAUAAAAAAUCCAUGCUUUGUGUAAAUCUGAACUUGAUAAGAACAUUUAAUAAUACUUUCUUCUUUUUUAAAGUGUCAAAUUUUAAUCUAAAUAGAAAUUUACAUUCCUUGUAAAUAUUUCAAGUGGUGACUGAGAAGCACUCUUGUUCCUGCAGACCAACUGCAUAAGAUGGACAGAAAUCUCCACACCUUUUUUUCUUGUGUUCCCAUUCCCCCCUCAGCCAUGAGAGCAGAUUUCUUUUCCCUCCUCCAAUCGGCAUAGCAACCAGGCUGAAGCUCCAGUUCACGUCCAGAAAGCGAUUCUCCUGCAGCCUUCAGACAUUCUUGCUGCUUCAAUCCUGGUUUUUCACUUUUCUCCAACGUAAUUCGCCUUUUUUUUCUCAACCCAUCCAUGUCCAUCCUCUGAACAGUAAAAACAUAAAGUGGCUUGAGUUCAAACUAGAUCAUAUGAAUCAUAAUUUACAUUCUAAGCUUAUUAUUUCCACUGUGAGCUGUUUAAAAAUGGAUUUUCCAUCAGAAGGAAAGCCACUUCUGUGACUGUGUCACAGUGAAAAUCUACAUCCCAGGUAACUCCCCCCUCCUUUUGGCUGAAGGUGGGUUUGUUUGUCCAGGGGUUUAAUAUUUAGCCACAAGUAUUUGGUUUUACAACCAGUCAGCCGGCAUCUCUUUCAGAUGUGUAAACACGUAGGGCUUUAACUGGACCUGCUCAGGGGAACUCGCCGCUCACUCCAUCAGUGAUUUGCAAAUGUGAGCUAAAGGUUUUCCAACAACGGAGUAAAAAAAUAAAAAAAAUAAAAAAAUAUGGGACCUUGUACAGCAGCGGUCAACGGCUCGAAGGACAAGAAAGCCCCAGAGAGCUGUGGGGGCCCAGCCAGACCUCGGCUGAGAAGCAGCAGCGAUGGAAGCAUCUGGACCAGGAGACCCGUUGGUGCACACGGCUGCUCCUCCUGCUUGGUGCUGUCCAACCCCAAAUCAGUUCUGAAAAGACCAGUGAGCACGGAGGAGCUGCAGACACCAGGAGGCCCCUACAUGAAGAAAACCUUCACAAUUGUAGGGGAUGCAGUGGGUUGGGGGUUUGUGGUCCGAGGAGCCCGGCCGUGUUACGUCCAGGCCGUGGAGCCCUGUGGCCCUGCGGCUGCUGCAGGAAUGAAGGUUCGCCAGUUUGUGGUGUCAGUUAACGGCCUGAACGUUCUAGACAUGGAUUACCGCACCGUCAGCCACCUGAUCCUGACAGGGCCCAGGACGGUGGUGAUGGAGGUGAUGGAGGAGACGGACAACUGAGGAAGGGAUGCAGACGGCAGCAGAGUCAAAUCUGUGACUGACGCACUGGAGGUGAUGCCAAAAGUCCACCUUUUUUUUUUAAAUCCCCCCCUUUUCCCUUCAUUUGCAGGGUCAAGGAGACCUGACUCACCUGAGAGUCUGUUCAUUCUUUUUUUUUUUUUUUCUGAAUCUGGACUCAGUAACUCCAUUCAGAGGCAGACCUCAACUUUGCUAACAUUUCGUUAUUUCGCUGAUGUCAUCCAGUGACAUCAGAGAGCCUUCCGCUCUCAGCUGCACAAACACAACCAUUACCUGAGAAUUCACACACGGCCGCACACGCGUCCAAAAGCACACAUCCUUCUAGCUCCACCUCCUUUUCUUGCGUUUACCUUUCCAUCCACUCCUGCCUUGUUCCUGGAAAAGACGUGCGGCGGUGGGGAAAGAGCAUUAUUUAUGUAAGCAGGGUUUUAUUUUAAAACUGGGCUUUUUUUUGUACAUUUUGUUUGUUUUAAGAUGUAGCUUUCUUUUUUUUCUGUAAAAUAUGCAUCCUUUGUGGUCAGUAAUGUUUUUACUCUUCUGUUUGGGUAAAAAUAUACAUUUAAAUGCUCAUUUUUCAUUAAAAAGCAGAUCAUUACUCACAUUUUAAGGGGACUCUUGGUGUGAAGCAUCAUCCAGAUGCUUUGCAUUUGUUGCAUUUGUACCAGUGACACUUUUUUUCUGAUGCAGAAAGGUUACAUAAGGUCUGUAGUGAGCAAUUGUGCACAUUGUUUUAUGCAGACAGGUCCUAAAAUUAUUUGCACUUCUUCUCUGCGAAAAUUUUAAGACACUUGCAAAAAUACUUUAAAUUCAACAAACUAUAAAACAACUAAAGAUAACUAAAUUAAAAAAUGUGAAAUUAAAUAGGAGAAUCAAAGCAAAUUUUAUUGAAUUUAAUGUUUAAUGUAUGUUUUAUUUCCCGUCCUGAAAUUUUUCAUUUUGUAUGAGUUCUCCUUUUGUAAAGUCAUUUUUCAAAGCUAACUUUAAAUUAUACAUCUUUAAAACUGUUUACUUGAAAAGUUUGUCCAUUUGUCAGACUAAACUUUCAUUAAUUGUGUAAAAAAAAUAAAUAAAUGACUCCUCGAUUA